AUGCGAUUUCAAGCCAACAUGGGCUGGGUAAUCACAAGGCGAAAACUACGUCGCACCAUCGGACAAAGCAAUCAGUUAAGACGCUAUAUCCAGGGUGAAACUCGAAUGUCGAAACGAAACAACACGCAACGGGGAAAACUCUACGCCGAUCCCUGCGUGUACUUCAGUCCUCAAGCGAUGGCGAGAGAACCAGAGGGAGGGCCACGCGCAUCGUACGAUUCGGUAAUCGCUUGGCGUGGUGAGGUGAAUGCCGAGGUAGUAGUUGCAAACCUGGCAGUCGUGCUCUUCGUGUUCCUCGUGCGAACCCUCCUGUUGGGGAUCGCUGGAAGUAGACGCCGAGCAAGGACCAUGCGAGUGAUGGUGGUGGUCGUGCUCAGAAUGAUCGAUUGCGUUUCGGACGAACUCGUGAUGGUAGCAACUAGAAUCACCCGCAUGAUGCAGGUGCAAGUGCAGACCGUGCCCGCCUACGGAAAUGCCCGCAAAGGCGCCGGCUAG